GAAUCGAGUAAUUGUGUGCUACGUAAGGAUAAUAUCUAGCCUCAAGACGGCACAUGGAAUGUGAGGAAGUACAUUAAUCAUUGAUAUGUAUCUAUAAAAUGUGAACUAAAAGCAUAUGUAACUGAGAGGAAAUCACACAAGAUAUUAUAUCGCACAUUUUAACGAGUAUCGCUAAAAUCCCUUGCCUUAGGUAUAGAACUAAGGCUUAGUUAGGGUCUAAAUAUGGAACGUUUAAGCUCUCAUGGAGGGAGUGUAGCCUCCUCCGCGCCAAUAAGCUCUCAACGCUCAGAUUAUCAAGAUAAUCGUGUCAAGGUCAUUCAGUACGAAGAUGAAGAUAAGGACGUUUGUGUAAGGUACUAUGACACAGAUAACAAGGACGAGGAAUCUACAGGAUAUAACUAUCACGAUUUUAGUCACCAUACGUGGUAUGAUUAUACACGCAGGAGGGAACCUUUACCAGCACCUAUUGAAAAACGUGAAUGCGAUGAUAUAUUCGUGUGUCUACCAUUUUAUUAUGGCUUUGGGAGGAGUCUUCUCAAAUGCUCCUCGGGCGUAAUCAGCGGCUGGGGAUUUAAUAGGCCACGUGAAAAUUUCAGCUAUUACCUCACGGAAGUUAUUAACGGUCUGCUAUGUGGUAUGACCAUGUUACCGGAAAUCAUCAGUUUCAGCUUCCUUGCAGGUAUUCCGCCUCAUGUAGCAUUACAUGGCACGUGGAUAGCAUGUAUAUGUGCAGCUGUAUUUGGUGGAUCACCAGGGAUCAUGACUGGUCUUUCCGGAGCAUUAGCCGCAGUGGUUGGGCAAUAUGCAAUAAGCGAGCAAGUGCUCAACAAUAACAUUCUCGAGCAGCAUCUAUGGUCAAUGUUGGUUGCCAUGUUCUUCGCCGGUGUGGUCCUUAUAGGAUGCUCAUUUUUCCAUUUAGCCAGUAUAAGCCAAUUUUUAAGUACAUCUGUCAUUAUAGGAUAUAGUAACGGGCUCGCUAUUGUUAUCGCUAGGGCACAACUACAUGGAUUCCAAGAUCCAAAGACCCAUGCAUAUAUAAGGGGUGGAACACUCUGCGUCGCGAUUGUAUAUUGUCUGAUUGCAUUCUCAUGUAUGCAGUUUGCGCAUAAGAUACCAAAAAUAGGGAAGUAUUUACCAUCCGCUCUUCUUGCCGUGAUAAUUGUUGUAUUUAUAGAUAUUGCAAUUGUAAAGCAAGUGGCUCCCGAGCUUAAAGUAACCACUGUAGGAGAUAUAGCGUGUCUAACUACAGAUACAGCUUUACCGACGUUCUUCUUUUUAAACUGGGACAAAAUAACAAAUGUCACAUUUAACAGGGCCUUCUUCACAAAAGUAUUUGUCCUUUCUGGAACUAUCAUAAUGGAAGCCCUCAUGGUUAAUGAUAUUAUCAAGACACUUAGCGGAAGCGAUCCCAAUUCCAAUCAGCAACUUUUCGGACUUGGUAUUGGAAAUGUUCUGAGCCCGUUCCUAGGGUCUUCAGGUGGGAGCUCUAUGGUGGGAAUAUCAAUCAUGAACCUCAAGGGUGGAUCCAAGGGUAAAGAGUCAAGUAUUGCAGCCGCACUCUUCAUCUUUGUCAUGUUAGGCGGAGGUUUCCCAUUGUUGAACUACAUACCGAUCCCCAGUUUAUGUGGAAUUAUGUUUUGCGUAUCAACCCACUGCUUUAAGUGGUUCAGCCUUCCCAUGUGCAUUGUGACUUUCAUGCCACAGGCAAUAAGGAACAUGCAUCCAAGGCUUAAAAUGAAGAUUACAAGAUCUGAUGCUAUCAUUAUAGUGGCAGUUACCAUCCUAUGUAACCUAGUGGUCAUCCCACUAGCCAUCAUGGCAGGUGUUAUACUGGCGGCCUUCGCGUAUGUUUGGGAAUCUAAAUCCAGGUUCAAAGUUGAAAUUUACAUGGACAACGAAACUAACAUCAAGUACUAUGAAAUCGAAGGUAAUAUUUUUUAUGCCAGCAAGCGUAUGCUCACACGUGUUUUCACACCGGCAGAUGACCCGCCCACCACAGUAAUCGUACUGUUGGCGUCUACCACGCUCUUUGACUACACCGCCAUUGAAACGCUCAACUCCCUCAAGGUAGAGUACGCAGCGUACAACAAAACGCUGCUGAUCAAGGGUCUCAGCCAUGGCUGCAUUAAGAAGGUCGCAAAGAUGAAUCACUUAUGCAGACACAUGGAACAUGACCUUGUUGGUAUAGAAACGCCCAACCUGCCUACGUUAUACAGCCGUUUUACACGUCUACGAGCUAAGUUGCAACUUAUAACAAUCCGCCCUGCUGACGAUCAAGGAGAAAUGCCAGUGGCUAACGAAAAGCCAAACGAAGAUACCGAUGAGACGGUUCAACUCAAGAUCGUACCACACGACUCAAAGGAAACAUCAACGAAAGAUACUUUAUGAAGUAACAUUACA